AUGCCGCUCAACCUCAGUAAACUCCGGUCUCGACAUGCCGCCGUGGCCUUCUUCGCCCUCGCGGCCUUUGCCAACGCCGCUCGGCUGCCUAGCUCUGCCCGACAACCUACCAGCAGCUUGACCUUCAAGUGCGAUCUGCCUUCGGCCAUUGACCCCUCCAUCGAUGGCCUGCCGUCCGCCGAGGAGCAAUUCUUCUCCUAUCAUGCCAUGAUCCGUCAGGUGGAACGCCUCCAAGCCGUCGCGCGAAUUCCAACCGUCUGCUUCGAAGACCUCCGUCCCUUUGACGAGGACGAACGCUGGAAGCCGUUUGAAGAGAUGCAUGCCGUCGUCGAGAUGACAUACCCGAUAAUUCACGAGCGGGCUGUGGUCGAAACGAUUAAUCGCUUUGGCCUCGUGUACACCAUUCACGGAUCUGAUUCAACGCUGAGCCCCAUCCUGUUGACGGCUCACCAGGACGUAGUCCCAGUCGAAGAAGACAUGUCCAAAUGGGAGCACCCCCCUUUCGAAGCCCACUUCGACGGCGAGAGCCUCUGGGGCCCCGGCGUCAUCCAAGACAAAGGCGUCUUGACCGCCGUCAUGUCGGCCGUCGAGAGCCUGCUGACCGACUACUCAUGGAUGCCUGAGCGCACCCUCCUGCUGGCCGUCGGCUUCGACGAGGAAUGUUCCGGCUCCCAUGGCGCCGCCGAGAUUUCACAGUUCCUCGGCAGUCGAUACGGCCAGGAUGGCAUAGCUGCUAUCCUCGACGAAGGAGGCCAGGGGCUGCAGUCCCUCGGAGACACACUCUACGCGCUUCCUGCCGUGUACGAAAAGGGGUACCUCGACGUAUGGUUCGACCUCGACGUCGUCGGUGGCCCCAGCUCGAACCCCCCUCCGUACACAGCCAUCGGGAUCAUGUCCGAGCUGGUCGUUGCCCUGGAGGAGAUCAAGUUCAAGCCCGAGGUGAUCGAGGACGGCCCGGUGCACAGACAUCUCCAGUGCCAGACUCGUUACUCCCCCGAUGCCGACCGCGAGCUCACGGAGCUUGUCCACAGCCAUAACCUGGACGGCAUGGCUAACCACCUCAGCCAGAGCCAUGAGACCCAAUACUUGAUUCAGACAUCCCAGGCCGUCAACCGAAUCAACGGUAUUGGAAAGUUGAACUCGUUACCGGGCUAUGUUUACCUGGGCACCGAUUUUCGUAGUGCUCCUCAGGAUGACGUGCUCAAGUUGCAGCGUGCCAUCGUCGACGCUGCCUCCAAAGUCUCCUCCAAGUAUGAUUUACAGCUGCAGGCAUUUGAAGACGACAAAGCGUAUCAAAAGUCAGCAAAAAACGCCGGCUCAUCGAAAUCCAAUCCUCAACGAGACCUCAACCGCAACGGAACCCUCAACCUUCGAGCAAAGCAUAUUUCGGAUGUAACUCCAAUUUCACCCACCGAAGGGCUUGUCUGGGAUAUCUUGGCCGGCACCAUACGACACUCCUUUUCUUUCAACGGCACCGUUGUUCCCGUCGGUGAGACCAUGCUUGGCAACACGGACAGCCGCCACUACCUCGGCCUCUCAUCGCACGUCUAUCGUUGGGCACCGAUCCGAAACGGUGCAUUCGAGAACUUUCGCACCGCAAACGAGCGCGUUCGAAUGACCGCCCACAUGGAAAUGGUCGGGUUUUACUACGACUUGAUCCGCAACUUGAACAGUGGAAAACGCAGCGAUGCAAUCUUUUUGACUUCGGAACUUUAA